AUGGUUAAAUCUUCUCUCAAGCGCCGCAUCGCCGAAAUUGAACCUCGUGUGGUUCCUCUCUCGCCUCACAAUCGCACUGCAAAUGAGGCUACCGCCUUUCGUCCACAGUUGCCAACUAUUCAACCUCCAAAAUUCAAUGGAGAGCUUCUUGAAUGGCAAUCAUUCAAAAAUAAGUUCUCAUCCGUCGUUAACAAAGACGGUGUUAACGAGGUUGACAAGAUGCACUAUCUUCUCCAGAGCCUCCAAGGCACUGCAUACUCUCUCGUCGCUAAUGUGGAGAUAACAGACACUGCAUUCGCCACAGCCUGGCAAACUCUGACCACGAGGUAUGAGAACAAGCGAGUAUUGAUCACGGCUCAACUCAACAAACUGUUUACCAUACCCAAAAUGGCGUCGCGAGCCGCCAAAGAGGUUAACAACGUUAUCAACACCACUUCUGAGGUACUAAAUGCCCUGAGGGCUCUCGGAUCGCCAGUUGAUCACUGGGAUCACAUUAUUGUACAUUAUAUUACUCAGAAGCUGGAUCCUCAGACUCGAGAAGACUGGGAAAUCACGCUGGGAGCGGCUACAGAUUUCCCACCGUACGAUCGUAUCAAGAGCUUCCUGCUAGCUCGUGCACGAGCCCUUGAAGCAAUGGAAGGACGUCUUCCAGUCAAACCACGUGACCCUAAGGUCAACAAAAAGUCCGCGAGUGGUAGCAAACUCACCCACGGAUCUAAGACAUCAUCUGCACAUGUCCAUAUGACCAGUUCGACAUCGCAAAACGUCACUAUGGCCACUGGACCUCCUACAACAACUCAACCACCUCCUGGACAGAUCGCUGGAGCAUCUCCAAGACCACAACGUCCUUGUUCGUGCUGUGGUGAAGCACAUUUCAUCGUAUCGUGCCCAGCGUUCCAAAGAUUAUCGCCCAAAGAGCGUCAUCAGCUGGCUAUCUCCAAGUCGUUGUGCCCCAACUGUCUUGGACCUCAUUCCACGACAUCGCCAUCGCCUAUCGCAUCAUCGCCAUCGCCUAUCGCAUUAUCGCCAUCGCCUAUCGCAUUAUCGCCAUCGCCAUCGCCUAUCGCCGCAACGACCUCGUCAUUGCCUAUCGCAGCAUCGCUACUCUCUUCGCAACAAGCUCGUUCUUCGUGCAACACAGCCUCAGCAUCAAGACCUCUGGUGUUGUUGGCCACAGCACAAGCCCUCAUCGUAUCGCCAACACAUCAUCCUCGCACAGUACGUCUGUUGAUCGAUCCAGGGUCAGAACUAUCGCUGAUUUCUCUGCAGCUCGCUCGCCAGCUUGAUAUGAAGCCUUCCAAAACGAGUAUCCCGAUUAUUGGAGUAGGAAGUGUGCCUUCAGGAUCAACGAAGGGUGCUGUUGACAUCACUUUACGAUCUAAUCAUUCUGAAGACCAGAUUGAGCUUCAUGCGCACGUACUGCAGUCUCUUACCGUCGAACUGCCUCCAGUCGUCAUCGCCAGUCAAUCCUGGAAUCAUAUCUCUGAUUUGGAACUAGCAGAUCCAGAUCAUCUAUCACCAGGUCGAAUUGACGUCCUCAUUGGAGCUGACUUUUAUGGCUUAAUCAUUAAGCCUGGAGUAAUCACCGGAAAACCAGGUCAGCCUAUCGCCAUUCAGACUGUCUUUGGAUGGGCAGUUCUAGGACCUGCUGGUCCAUCUUCUAGCACCUCGCCUGCACAUCAAGGUCACCUAAUCUCAAACCUGCAGCUUCACGAACUCGUCUCGAAAUUCUGGGAGCAGGAAGAAGUUCCAGCGUCUCACCAAGAAUCUCUUAGUGCUGAAGAAGCCGAGUGUGAAGCACACUUCAUCGCCACUCACUCUCGCGACAGCUCAGGUCGCUACAUCGUGCGAUUGCCCUUCAAACCCAAUGCUCCUCCGCUUGGAUACUCGAAAGGCAUUGCACAACGUUCGCUAUCUCGCAUUCUCAAUCGCAUCGCCCAACAACCAAAUCUUCAUCGACUGUACACAGAGUUUCUCACCGAGUACGAGUCCCUGGGUCACAUGGAGAAAGUUCAACCGUCAACUGCUUCAGACGUUGUCUAUUACCUCCCUCAUCACGGAGUGAUGCGCAAUGACAAAAUUCGUGUGGUGUUCAAUGGCUCUAGUAAGACAACAUCAGGCUAUUCGCUCAACGAACUGCUUCAUGUCGGUCCCAAGACUCAGAAUGACAUCUUCGACGUGUUGUUGUAUGUCCGUCGCCAUCGCCUCAUCUUUACAACUGACGUAGAAAAGAUGUUUCGCCAAAUUCUCAUACAUCCUGAUGAUCGCAAGUUCCAACGCAUCUUAUGGAUUGAUAAUAACUCACAGAGCCAAGAGUUCGAACUUACCACAGUUACAUACGGAACUACAUCAGCUCCUUACUUAUCAGGCCGCACCCUGAGACAACUACUGCUAGACGAAGGUCACGACUUUCCUUUAGCUGCUGAACCGAUCGAAAGGGGAAGUUAUGUCGACGACAUUACUGGCGGUGCUGAUGAUCUCGACUCUCUCAAUGCUAUCGCAAAACAAGUUGAAGAAAUGUGUCUACGAGGAUGCUUCCCUUUGGCAAAGUGGAAGAGCAAUCAUCCUGAUUUCUUCAAAAUUAAUCUAUCUUAUCAACCAGGUUCAGAGUAUCAUGAAUUUAACGAGUCAUCCUCCAAGAUUCUGGGUCUAGCCUGGCAGUGUGCGCCAGAUCUGCUCAAGUUCACUGGUCAGUCCUCACAAAAGGCAGCUAUCACCAAACGCACCAUCUUAUCCGAAACAGCUCAACUGUUUGAUCCUCUGGGCUUGAUCUCGCCAGUCAUCGUCCGCGCCAAAAUCUUAAUGCAAGAUUUAUGGCAACAAAAGGUCGGAUGGGAUGAUACUCUCACGCCGCAAAUCAUUCACCGCUGGACGUCGUUUCGCGAUGAGCUAUCUCAGCUAUCUCAACUAGCAAUUCCUCGGUGGCUCAAUCUACUCACUGAUAGCUCGGAAGUCGAGAUACAUGGGUUUUCAGAUGCCUCUCAAGCUGCAAUGGCUGCUGCUGUUUACCUCAAAGUAACGACUUCUAACGGCUCAUCAACAGUAACUUUGGUCUGUUCAAAGACUCGAGUUGCACCUCUUCAUCGUCUCACAAUUCCACGGUUGGAAUUAUCAGCUGCUUUGCUGUUAUCAAAACUAGUCUCUCGCGUUCAGUCAACUCUCCAGCUCCAACAUGUUCCUGUUUCAUUGUGGACUGACUCCGCUGUGACUCUGGCCUGGAUUAACAGUGAUCCAAUGCGCUGGAAAGAGUUCGUAAAGAACCGAGUUCAAGAGAUUCAGCAAACCUCGCCAAACGCCACCUGGAGAUUCGUCUCAGGAAAACAAAAUCCUGCAGAUUGUGCUUCUCGAGGUCUAACACCUGCUCAACUCAUCAACCAAAAACUCUGGUGGUCUGGACCCGACUGGUUAGCCCAACAGAGUCAUCUUUGGCCAUCUUUCACGGCAUCAGAUGAUCAACUUGCUGACAUCGAGAUUCGCCCUAGCACAGUGCACGCAUCUUCAAGUACCAAGCUGCCGUUUGAUGUCCUAUUCUACGAAGACAGACCUCUCACAAAGCUGUUACGUGUCACAGCCACGAUUCAGCGAGCAGUGGCGUGUUUCAAGAGAGUUCCUGCGUCCAGCUUGAGCUCUUCACCUCUAAACCCUGCUGAUCUUCAAUUUGCUUUGACGUUCUGGAUCAAAUCCACGCAGCAAAUCUACUUCGCCAGUGAGAUUCGAGCACUAUUACAAGGUAAGAGUCUUGCUAAAUCUAACCCUCUCUCUCGACUUACAGCUUGGAUCGACCAGACUGGUUUACUUCGAGUUGGUGGACGUUUACAAUACUCUCAACUUAAUGAAGACGCCAAACAUCCUCCAAUAAUGCCGAAAGAUUCAGAAAUCUCCAGGCUUAUUAUCGCCAACGCCCACACACGUACUAUGCAUGGUGGAACUCAGCUGACACUUGACUACGUACGUAGAUACUGCUGGAUCCUUGGUGGUCGUGCUCCUAUCAAAUCUUUCAUUCAUCGAUGCGUCACCUGCACCAGGAUACGUGGCAUCCGUGCUCAACAACGCAUGGGACAGCUCCCAGCUUCCCGUGUCACACCUUCACUGGUCUUUGAGCAUGCUGGAGUCGAUUACGCAGGCCCAGUGUCGCUCAAGUUCUUUCAAGGGCGCGGCGCGCGCUCAUAUAAGGCUUGGAUCGCAGUAUUCGUGUGCUUUUCAACUUCUGCUACUCACCUGGAGCUGGUAACUGACUACAGUGCUCAAGGCUUCUUGAAAGCGUUCAGACGCUUCACAGCCCGACGAGGAAUCUGCAAGACGCUCACCAGUGACUGCGGAACCAACUUUCAAGGUGCUAGUGUUAUCUUGAAACGGUUGCUAGCUGGUUCUACCAAAGAAUCGCAACAUCUUCAACAACUUAUUGCCAACGACGGUACAAAAUGGAAGUUCAAUCCUCCAGGAGCUCCUCACAUGGGUGGCAAAUGGGAAGCUGCCGUCAAAUCUGUCAAGCAUCACCUAUCACGCAUCAAUUCGGACAAAAUCCUCACGUACGAGGACUUCUCCACGCUUCUAACUCAGGUGGAAGCUGUUUUAAAUUCUCGACCUCUCAGUGCUCUAUCAGAAGAUCCUGACGAUCUCACAGCGUUGACUCCUGGACACUUCAUUCGAGGAGCACCCCUUACGCUUAUACCCGAGCCAACACUGGUCGACACCCCAGCAAACCGACUAUCACGACUUGAGGACAUCCAGCAGCGGCUUCAACUGUUCUGGUACCACUGGUCUGCUUCUUGCCUGAAAUCUCAUCAAACCAUCUCCAAGUGGAAUACUUCAUUCAACGACAUCGAUGUUGGAUCUCUAGUCCUGGUCACAGAUGAGCGAUAUCCACCAUCAAAAUGGCCGCUGGGUCGUGUCACCCACACUCACCCUGGUAAGGAUAAUCUUACCCGAGUUGUCACCAUCCAGACGGCUACUUCUACCUAUACACGACCAAUACACAAGUUGGUGCUACUUCCUAUUCCGAGACACGAGGAAGAUUUUCAUGACGUUGCUCCAGCCACGUCUCAUCUACUUCUCCAUCCAGCGGAGAAGGGGGGAGAAUGUUCAAAUCUCCCUCUCUACUUCCCAGCCAUUACCGACUAA